AUGAAGAGUCGGAAGGUCGGAGGUUUUAAUAGUGGGAAGGUCGGAGGGUUGAAGAGGAGGAACGUCCUAGGGUUGAAGAGUCAGAAGGUUGGAGGGUUGAAGAAUCGGAAGGUCGGUGGGCUGAGGAGUUGGAAGGUCCGAGGGUUAAAGAGUCGGAAGGUCGGAGGGUUGAAGAGUCGGAACAUCGGAGGGAUAAAGAGUGGAACGGUCGGAGGGUUCAAGAGUAGGAAGGUCGGAGGGUUGAAGAAUCGGAAGGUCGGAGGGCUGAAGAGUCGGAAGGUCCUAGGGUUUAAGAGUCGCAAGGUCGGAGGGUUGAAGAGUCGGGAGGUCGGGGGGGUUGAAAAGUUAGAAGGUCGAAGGGGUUGA